AUGUUCAUGCUCAAGAAUCUGUUUGGAAGGGUGAUGAAUGACCAAAACAACCGCGAACUCGUCCAGAUCCCCGCCGGAGCCCUGUACCUCGUGCGCCCAGGCAACGUCAAGAGCUCUCGCGAAUGCAUCUACAAGGACGCCGUCAUGACCAUCAGGAGGACGGCUACUGUGCACAACUAUCAGCUGGUCGUCACUCGCGCCUACGAGGAGGGCGAGGAGCAGCUUCUCGAGGAGGAAGACGAGAGCGACGACGAACGCGCCUUCCUCAUCGACCAGAAGCUCGAGUUCCGCCAGUCGCGGGGCAGCGGCGGCGAGCAGACCUUCGCAUGGAAGGACCUUACCGGCGACGUCGACGAUCUCUUCGAAUUUGUCGCCGACUCGCGGCUUGUCAAUGCGGCGACCGCUGACCUGUUCACCAUCACCUACAUCAACUGCGCCUACGAGCGAAAGAGUGGACGGAGCCACGAGGAGGCCAGCGACGAGGAGCUCCAGGCACUCAGCUACGGCGGCGGCGAGAAGGGCAGCACAGAUGCCGACGCCGACGACAAAUCCCUCGAGAAGCAGCUUCAGGGCCUCAAGGUCUCGUCCGGCACCGUUGCCUCGAAGCAGGACGCGCCCACGGAGGACGAUGACGACGAGCAGGACGACGACGACGUCGAGGCGAACAAGCUCUUGACCUCGGUGGCCGACCUUUACCUCUACGACCAGGCCAGCGGCCUCUUCAUGAUCCAGGAAAAGGACGCCAAGGCCUCGGUCGUCGAGGCCGGUCGAUUCCUCUACUGGCUCUCGGUCCGCGGCGCCACGCGGCGCUGGCUCAGCCAAAAGGUCGACACGGGCCUGAACAUGCAGUUCUCGCCCGAGAACCUCUCAGCGGUGUGGAACUACUUUGACGAGGAGCGGCGGUGCUACUCGUGGCUCCUGCGCUUCGCCGACAAGGCCGCCUACGACGACUUCAUCCAGGGCUUCACCCGCUACCUUUGGGAGACGCUGCACGAGGAGAGCUGGUCCAAGGCCAAGCCCGACGAGCAGGCCUACAUGCAGGUGGCGUACGAGCAGGACGAGGAUCCGAUGGAGGUUGACGAGGACGAAGGCGACGAGCAGGACGACUUUGCCAGCGCCGCCGGCGGCAGCCAGGAGCAGCGCGAACGCGAACAGGACCAGGACGACGAUGAGGAGGACGAGGAGGAAGUGGCGCGGGCGCUGCGCGGCGGCGAGAGCACCGAGGAACGCGGAUGGCCCAAGGAGGAGAGCAGCGCGCUGUCCAAGGCGGACAAGGACGUCAACUCGCAGCUCGCUGUCGGAUACAAGUUUGACCGCUCCUUCGUCGUGCGAGGCGACAAGAUCGGCGUCUUCAAGCACACCGACGACAACCGCCUCGAGUUCGACACGACCAUCAACAAGAUCGCCACGCCAAAGGGCAAGGGCUUCCGCCCCAACAAGAUCAUGCUCCACAACCAGGACGCGGCCAUGGUCAUGAUGGACCCGGGCAACAAGCACGCGCUGUUCAACCUCGACCUCGAGUACGGCAAGGUGGUCGAGGAGUGGAAGGUGCACGACGACGUCGCCGUCCACAACGUGGUGCCGGACAACAAGUUCGCUCAGAUGACGGCCGAGAAGACCAUGAUCGGCCACAGCCACAACGGCAUCUUCCGGAUCGACCCGAGGCUGUCGGGCAACAAGCUGGUCGACUCGCAGUUCAAGCAGUACGCGUCCAAGAACGACUUUAGCGUCGCGGCCACCGACUCCAAGGGCCGACUGGCCGUGGCGAGCAACAAGGGAGACGUCCGCCUCUACGACAAGAUCGGCAAGAAUGCUAAGACGGCGCUGCCCUCGCUCGGAGACCCCAUCAUCGGCAUCGACACGACGGCCGACAGCCGAUACGUCAUCUUGACCUGCAGGACCUACCUGCUUCUGAUUGACACCAUGAUCGGCUCGGGCCGCUAUGCGGGCCACUCGGGCUUCGAGCGCAGCUUCCCCGCCGAUUCGAAGCCGAUCCCCAAGCGCCUCACGCUCAAGCCGAGCCACGUCGCCUACAUGGCGAGCGAGGUCUCGUUUACGCCGGCGCGCUUCAACACGGGUUCCGGCACCGAGACGAGCAUCGUCACGUCGACGGGCAACUACGUCGUCUCGUGGUCAUUUGAGCAGGUCAAGCGCGGCAACCUGUCGGCGUACGUGCUCAAGCGCUACGACGGCCCCAUUAUCCAGGACGAGCACACCUACGGCUCGGACCAGGCCAUUGUCGUAGCCUUUGAGAACGACGUCCAGCUCGCCAAGCGCUCGCAGCUGCUCAAGCCGACGCGCAAGAGCCUGGCGCCCGGUCGCCGAUGA